AUGUUCAGGGCGCUGCUCGCUGCACCCGAUUUAUGUCAUCUCUUUGAGUAUGCCAUUUUGCAACCGGAUCCAAGGGACUGUGGCUUUCUGUAUAUCACCAUGCAGAACUCGCUUCAGGACUGUAAUGGUGUUGUCCCUGCAGCUGGCCAAUCCGAGCUACCCACGCGGUCUGCGACGGCGACCUCAUCACUAGCCCUCUCGAUCUCACCGCCACCUUCCCGUCGCAGUCCAAGACCACCUCGUACUACGACGUUGUUGUCGACGGCACGUUCGCUCUGUCAGUGGCAGCCGCCUGCUGAAGCACUCGACGUAUGUCCCCUCGACGACGUCCGCCGACAGCACGCAGGAUGUCCGCCCGUUGCGCGCAGCUGGGCGUCGAGCGGCGGUACCGCGUAUGUGGGCAUGUACACCGUCGGCGCGUCGUACCCCAGUAACUCCGACGUCUCCAAGUGCACCGACUCGGGCUCUAUCUGCCACCAGGACGACAUUGAGAUCGUUUUUGGAACUGCACCUAGCCCGACCAGCGCGCAGUCCGCGCUCAUCGCCGAGAUUCACGCACUACUACCAGUUCCUCAGCACGGGCAACGCGACUUCAGGCUGAGCUCGGGACUGGCCGAGCGUGCGAGGGUGGUCCCGGUGCUUGACCGAGCGCAGCCCACAAGUCGAUCGUACGAGCGUCUGGCAUGGGACCACCCUUCCUUCUCGUCCACCACUCCCCUCGCCGUAGCCGUCUCUGUGUCGAGAUUUCACCUCGCGGAGAUGAAGGCGGAGAGGCUGGAGCUGAAAUGA